UCCCGUUGACUCACUGUUUUCCAGCAGGAAUACUGACGAUGAAUUUUGUGUGUUACAGACCAUCUGUGGAGAGCCCUUAACGCAUAAGAGCCUCUCAUCACCCAGCAGCCGUACCAAUCACCACCGCACCCCAUCAUUCAAGUCAAGAUGUUCUCUCGCUUGGCCGCUCGUCUCCCCAAGGCUUCUGCCCUCAAUGGCGUUGCCGCCCGUCAGGUUCGCAACCUGAGCCAGCCCGCCAUUACCGGCAGCAAGGGCAGGAACAUGCCCGCCCGUGAGCCGCGCACUACUGCCGCUGCCACCGGCGCCGAGGCCACCUUCACUAUCAGGGAUGGCCCCGUUUUCCAGGGUACCGCCUUCGGUGCCAACACCAACAUUUCUGGUGAAGCCGUUUUCACCACCUCCCUUGUUGGUUACCCCGAGUCGAUGACCGAUCCCUCGUACCGCGGCCAGAUUCUGGUCUUCACCCAGCCCUUGAUUGGCAACUACGGUGUCCCUUCGAAUGAGCGUGACGAGUUCAACCUCCUCAAGUACUUCGAGUCCCCCCACAUCCAGUGCGCCGGUAUCGUUGUCUCCGAUGUCGCUACCCAGUACAGCCACUGGACUGCUGUUCAGAGCUUGGGCGAGUGGUGCGCCAGCGAGGGCAUUCCCGCCAUCUCCGGUGUUGACACUCGUGCGAUUGUCACCUACCUCCGUGAGCAGGGUUCCUCUCUCGCCAGGAUCUCCAUUGGCGACGAGUACGACGCCGAUGAGGAUGAGGGCUUCAUCGACCCUGGCCAGAUCAACCUUGUCAAGCGCGUGUCCACCAAGGCUCCUUUCGUGGUUACCAACCCCAACGCCAAGUUCCACGUCGCUCUGAUCGACUGCGGUGUCAAGGAGAACAUCCUUCGCAGCUUGGUCAGCCGUGGCGCCUCCGUCACCGUCUUCCCCUACAACUACCCCAUCCACAAGGUUGCCGACAACUUCGAUGGUGUCUUCAUUUCCAACGGCCCUGGUGAUCCCACCCACUGCCAGGAGACUGUUUACAACCUCGCCAAGCUUAUGGAGACUUCCCCUAUUCCCAUCAUGGGUAUUUGCCUUGGUCACCAGCUUCUUGCUCUCGCUGUUGGUGCCAAGACCAUCAAGCUCAAGUAUGGUAACCGUGCCCACAAUAUCCCGGCGCUUGACUUGACCACUGGUCAGUGCCACAUCACCUCGCAGAACCACGGUUACGCCGUCGAUAUCAGCACCCUCCCUAGCGACUUCAAGGAGUAUUUCGUCAACCUUAACGACGGCUCCAACGAGGGUAUGAUGCACAAGACCCGCCCCAUCUUCUCUACCCAGUUCCACCCCGAGGCCAAGGGUGGUCCCAUGGACUCUUCCUACCUCUUUGACAAGUACAUGGAGAACGUCGAGCUUUUCAAGAGCAACUCCCAGGUCUACCGUGACAACAGGCCUACUCAGUUCAUGAUUGACAUUCUCAGCAAGGAGCGUGUAGGCGUUGAGCCCACUCCUCUUUCUAACGCUGCUUAAGCGACGAGAAUGUCUGCAUUUUCUUAGUGAACGGUGUUUGUCAUUGGUCUUGGGUUAUUGCUUUCCAGCACAAAGGAUAUGGGUUUUG